AUGCUACCGUUUCUCUUCCCUGACCUCGCUUCCUUUCCCACUGUCGCUGACCUCGUUACCCACCUCCGUGCUAGUGACACCCGCUACCGCGCUGCCCUUCCUGCUGAGUUCCGCGAUGCGAACCCUCCUCCCAUGUACAUCACUCUCUACUUUCUCGUCACCCGUCUCCCUGAGUCCCUUCGUGUCGUUAGGGACCAGUUUCUCUCUGUCUGUCCCACCACUCUCACUGUCGACCUCCUUGAGGAGUCCCUGCUAGCGGCUGAGAAGAGUAUUGUCGCUGUAGGGGCCUCUCGGGGUGACCCUCGCACCCCUAUCUUUGAGGGGUGUGGUCCUUCCCCCCUGCUGCCCUCUGUCGCCUCUGCCGCUGCGGCCGACCUCACUGGUUUUGAGUCGGUCGGCGCGGCGUCUGCCCCCAGCGGCAGACGCCGCGCUGGCAAGGGCAAGGGGGGCAAGGGAGCGGGUGGAGCUAGAGGGGGCGGUGGAGGAGGCGGUGGGGGUGGCGGGGGGAGUGGGGGUGGCGGUGGGGGUGGUGGCGGGAGUGGAGGUACUGGUGGCGGCGGUGGAGGCGGAGGUGGCGGCGGAGGUGGUAGCGGAGGAGGCGGUGGGAGCGGUGGGAGCGACGGUCCUGGUGGGGGAGGUGGAGGUGGAGACGGGGGUGGCGGUGGAGGCGGGGGUGGCAGUGGAGGCGGGGGUCGGAGUGGCUCGUCCCAGCGGAGCAGCUCCGGGGGUGGUCAGCGCCAGCAGCAGCAGCAGCAGCAGCCGCAGCAGCAGCCACAGCAGCAGCAGCGCUCUCGCACCGGGAGAGGUGUGGAGGCGCCCACACUGCCCGCCGCUGCUUUGGCCGCCUGA